CGAGGCGUGCCUCCCCAGAGCAGGGUGUGGCCAGUGGUUCAGAUGGUCAGCCUGGUAGAUUGUCCUUGACAGGCAGCGUUAAAUCCCCAUUGUCCACCCUGCGUUCCGAGCAAGCUGAGAGUUGCGAGCACCGAGAGGACAGAACCCGCUACCGAGCUUGGAGCUGGGUGGGGAGGUGCCCGCGGCUCCUCGCUGUCAGCCCCUCCCGGCUGCACUUCCUCUCUGCCUGCGCCGCGGGAGAGCCAGGGUAGUCUUGGGAUCCCAGUGGCCUGCAACCGCCACACCUUAAUCUGAGGGGUCCCAGCCAGGCCUACUCCACAAGGGAUGACCUCACCUUCCAGCACCCCGGCUUUCAGGCUAGAGACAUCUGAUGGAGACCCAGAAGACAGUGCUGAGGUACACGAAGGAAAGCAUGGGCUACCCCCCAUGGAGUCACCUUUUCAGGGCGAGGACCGGAAUUUCUCCCCUCAGAUCAAAGUGAACCUCAACUACCGAAAGAGAGCAGGUGUCGGCCAGCAGGACCCAAACCGCUUUGACCGUGACCGACUCUUCAGUGUGGUCUCUCGGGGUGUCCCUGAGGAGUUGGCUGGACUAUCAGAAUACCUGCGCCGGACCAGCAAGUACCUCACUGACUCAGAGUACACAGAGGGCUCCACUGGGAAGACGUGCUUGAUGAAGGCUGUGCUGAACUUUAAGGAUGGAGUCAAUGCCUGCAUCCUGCCAUUGCUGCAGAUUGACCAGGACUCUGGCAAUCCUCAGCCCCUUGUCAAUGCCCAGUGCACAGAUGAGUUCUACCGAGGCCAUAGUGCCCUACAUAUUGCCAUCGAGAAGAGGAGCCUACAGUGUGUGAAGCUCCUGGUGGAGAAUGGGGCAAAUGUUCACACCCGGGCCUGUGGCCGCUUCUUCCAGAAGCACCAAGGAACUUGUUUCUAUUUUGGCGAGCUACCACUGUCUCUGGCCGCAUGCACCAAGCAGUGGGAUGUGGUGACCUAUCUCCUGGAGAACCCGCAUCAGCCUGCCAGUCUGGGGGCCACUGACUCCCUGGGCAACACAGUCCUGCAUGCUCUAGUCAUGAUUGCAGACAACUCUCCUGAGAACAGUGCUCUGGUGAUCCACAUGUAUGAUGGGCUUCUCCAAGUAGGGGCCCGCCUUUGCCCUGCUGUGCAGCUUGAGGAUAUCUGCAACUCGCAGGGCCUCACACCCCUGAAGCUGGCUGCCAAGGAGGGCAAAAUUGAGUCCAGAAACCCAGUCCUCAGGAUGGUACCUUUCACAUUUAGAAUCUUCAAGCACAUCUUGCAGCGGGAGUUCUCAGGAUUGUACCAGCCCCUUUCCCGAAAGUUCACUGAAUGGUGCUAUGGUCCUGUGCGUGUAUCUCUGUAUGACCUGGCCUCUGUGGACAGCUGGGAAGAUAACUCAGUGCUGGAGAUCAUUGCCUUUCAUUGCAGGAGUCCGCACAGACACCGCAUGGUGGUUUUAGAGCCGGUGAACAAGCUGCUGCAGGAGAAAUGGGAUCUGCUCAUCCCAAGAUUCUUCUUCAACUUUGCGUGUUACCUGGUUUAUAUGCUCAUCUUUACCACUGUUGCCUACCACCAGCCCACCCUGGAGAAGCAGGCCUUUCCUACACUGAAAGCGACUGCUGGGAACUCCAUGCUGCUGCUGGGCCACAUCCUGAUAUUGCUUGGGGGCAUUUACCUCUUCUUGGGCCAGCUGUGGUACUUCUGGCGCCGCCGCCUGUUCAUCUGGAUCUCAUUCAUGGACAGCUACUUUGAAAUCCUCUUCCUUGUCCAGGCUCUGCUCACAGUGCUGUCCCAGGUGCUGUGUUUCAUGGCCAUUGAAUGGUACCUACCCCUGCUGGUGUCCUCCCUGGUGCUGGGCUGGCUGAACCUGCUUUACUAUACACGCGGCUUCCAGCACACAGGCAUCUACAGCGUCAUGAUUCAGAAGGUCAUCCUGAGAGACCUGCUCCGAUUCCUCCUGGUCUACUUAGUUUUCCUUUUCGGCUUCGCUGUAGCCCUGGUGAGCUUGAGCCGGGAGGCUAGGAGCCCCACAGCCCCUCCAGGUCAAAACACCACAGAGACAGCACAGCCCACACUGGGCCAGGAGGAGGAAGGAACCCCAUAUGGGGGCAUUCUGGAUGCCUCGCUAGAACUCUUCAAGUUCACCAUUGGCAUGGGUGAGCUGGCCUUCCAGGAACAGCUGCGCUUUCGAGGUGUGGUGCUGCUGUUGCUGCUGGCCUAUGUCCUGCUCACCUAUGUCCUGCUGCUCAACAUGCUUAUUGCCCUCAUGAGUGAAACUGUCAACAGCGUUGCCACUGACAGCUGGAGCAUCUGGAAGCUGCAGAAAGCCAUCUCUGUCUUGGAGAUGGAGAAUGGUUACUGGUGGUGCAGGAGGAAGAAGCAGCGGGCAGGGAAGCUGCUGAAAGUUGGCCUGAGGCAGGAUGGUAGCCCUGAUGAGCGCUGGUGCUUCAGGGUGGAGGAAGUGAACUGGGCUGCAUGGGAACAGACACUUCCCACUGUGUCUGAGGACCCAUCAGGGGCAGCCAUCUGUGGCUCUGCAAGGAACCCAACCUCCCAACCUGGGAAGGGCCGUGCCUUAGAGGAAGACUAUCUGCCCCUCCAGGUGCUCCAGUCCCACUAAUGGCCCAGAAGCAGCAGCAGGUUGGAGGGGAGUGGGAAUCUUUUCAGCUAUUCCUGCUACCUCUGAGGCACCUGAAUUUUGGUGGAAAUAUAUAUUUUUCACAA